CAUUGCAUAUCCUUUCAGAGAGGAAAGAAUGCUGCUACUGCAGAAAUUGGGUUGUUUCGUCAUUCCAGCAAGUAUUUUUAUUCUUGCUCUACCAGUUGUUUGUUCAUCUCAAGAACCUGCAAAAAGUGCAAGUAAAAAAGACCACCUUGAUAAGCUGAGCCCAAAAUUUCUGUUUGAGAUUACACUCCAUGGCUUUCUCCUCUGGGCUUCAAUGGGGUUCUUGAUGCCUGUUGGGAUACUUAUUAUAAGAAUGUCAAACAGAGAAGAAAGUGGGAGAAGGCUCAGAAUUCUGUUCUACGUUCAUGCGAUUUUACAGGUACUGGUGGUACUUCUUGCCACGGCAGGAGCAGUACUGUCCAUAAAAAACUUCAACAAUUCCUUCAACAAUUAUCAUCAAAGAAUAGGGGUAGCCCUAUAUGGUAUCAUAUGGCUGCAACCACUCCUUGGGAUUGUAAGGCCUAAGAGGGGGUCCAAAGGAAGGAGUGUAUGGUUUUUUGUGCAUUGGCUACUUGGAACUGCAAUAUCCCUACUUGGAAUUUUGAAUAUAUAUUCAGGUUUACAAGCCUAUCAUGAAAAGACAUCAAGAAGUAUAAGGCUUUGGAUUAUCAUUUUCACUGCUGAGAUGUCCUUCAUUGCCUUAUUGUACCUGCUGCAAGACAAAUGGGUGGAUAUGCAAAAGCAAGGAGUCAUUAUGGCCAGUGAACCCAUAAGGCCAACUGAAAAAGAGGUUUCUCCAAGAGACGCUGAAAAGGAGUUGAUGAUUAAGUCUUGUUGAGGAAGAAUGUCUUUGAUUUUACCUACAACCCACUCUUUUCAACCUUGUCAUCCGGUUUUCUAUCUGGAUUUUCUCCUCUAUAUAACGGAUUUCUAUGUGAGUUAAGAGAACUUUAGGUGUCGAAUAUUGGGAUGGG